AUGGCUGAUAGUUAUAACGACUCCGUAGUUGUGACUUCUGCAGACAGAAAGGUGUUUGAAGCGCCACAAAAACAUGGUGUGGAUAUGGAUGAAGAAAUAUCAGCACAAAUGACAGCAUCUUAUAGUGAAAUAUCAUUUAAUUCUGACCAAGGCCUUAGCAGUGUUGUUGGAAAUGAGGAACAGACAAAAGCAGGACCAUCUCGUCCAUAUGAUUUACCCUCAGAGCACCGUAAGCAAGAGAAGUUUCCUUUAGAUAUGGAUGGCCAUGUUCGUUAUGAAGGUGAUAUGACACACUAUGUUGCUGAUGAUUUAGAAUUUAAAAUAAAAAUUUCAAGCCCUAUUACUAAAAGAGGUGACACUCCAGUUUUUGGUAGUUCAAGUGCUUCUAGAUCUAGCACUCCAUCUGGAAAACUUUAUAGACAAAUUUUGGCUCCUCAAAUAGGACAAAUUGAUAUCACAGUUUUAAAUGAUCUUGAGUAUGAAGCCCAGAAGAUUGCACAGUCUGUAGAUAAUUUAAUAGAAAAUUUAUCUAGUAUUUUGCAUUCCAAUUCAUCAUUGACAGCAGAAAAUAUGGAAGUUUAUAAAGAUGCUGUUGGUAAAACUUGUGAUGCAAUGGAUAACAAUAUCAAAAGCAUGUACACUAUUCUUGCUAAAGGUGAAGAAGUAUCACAAGCUAUGGUUCCAGUUCAAGCACAAGCUGCUAGGAUUUCAGAAAUCAAGAGAUUAUUACAAAUUUUUGAAAAUAACUUUUAA